UUUCAAUUUCAAAGAUUCUAUUAGGGUUUCAAAUUGCCGACCAAUAGAUUCUAAACCCUAAUCCAUGAAUUUGUGCUCGUGAUCUUUGAAAUUCCCCGGACGAAUCGAUUAUUCGGUGCUAUGUCAGUUGCGAUCCAAAGAAAAAGUUCAGAUAUGUAUGAUAGAAUGUGAAAAUUAGGGGAAUUUUGGUGUGAGUUUGUACUGUUGGUUGUCCAUGGAAGGGAAAACAAAGAACUCCAAUGACGCUACAAUUCCCAAAAAAUCAAGAUCUCUGGAUCUUAAAAGUUUAUAUAAAUCAAAAUUGACAGAAGAGACUCCAAAAAAGAACUUGAAGAGGAGAGGCAGUAGUCCUGGGGGUGUUGAUGAGAAGGGGAAGAGAAAGAAGGCUAGAAAAGAAGUGUCUUUAAGUAGCUUAGAAAAUGAUGAUGGUAGCAGGAAGAAGGUUCUUGAUGAGGAAUUUCAGAAAGGGCUAAGCUCUGGUAGGCAAGAUUUGCAUGAAUUAAAGUUGGGGGUGAUUCAAAGAUUGAUCAGUAGUAGUCUGCUCAAUAGAGUUUCACUUGGUGUUGAUGCUGUUCAGAUUCCCAAGCGAAAGAGGAAUUUCGUGGGGCGGAAGAAAUCCAAAGUGGGUCAAGCAACAAAUUUGUUAGAUCAGCCUAGUAGUAAAUUUGGCCAUGGCAAUCGGGUGCCUAGUUUAGGUAGUGAUGAUUUGGGCAGGGGGGUUGAGCCUUUGAAGAUUAAACAUGAGAAAAAUUUUGAUGAAUUUGAGGAAAAUCGGAAUAGUGAUUCAAAUUCAGUUCAACAUUUCAGGGAGAAUGGGGAUCUUGCUUCUCAUUCUGUUGUAAAUAGUGGUGAUUCCUCUUUGACCAAGUCAGAAAGGAAGAAUAGGAAGCGGAAGGCUUUGGCUUCAGAUAGAACUAAGGUUUCCCAGAAGGCUGAGCCUUUGAUUGAUGGUUGUAAAAUAUCUGAUGAUUUACAAGAAGAUGAAGAGGAAAAUCUUGAGGCGAAUGCAGCAAGGAUGCUAUCUUCCAGGUUUGAUCCAAGCUGUACUGGAUUUUCCUCCAAUAGCAAGUCUUCUGUAUUGCCAUCAGCAAAUGGUUUAUCUUCUUUCUUAUCUUCUAGUCAAAAUAUUGUUAACUGUCGGUCAAAGUCUCAGUCAGAUUCAGAUUCAGCAUCAGCUGAUACUGCUGGCAGAGUGUUGAGGCCCAGGAAACAUUACAAAGACAAAGGUAAAUCCAGGAAGAGGCGCCAUUUUUAUGAAAUUCUGAUAGAUGAUGUGGAUGCAUAUUGGAUACUGGACCGGAGAAUUAAAAUUUUUUGGCCUCUGGACCAGAGUUGGUAUUAUGGCCAUGUUGAUGACUAUGAUGAGGGAAGCAAGCUUUACCAUAUCAAAUAUGAUGAUCGAGAUGAAGAAUGGAUUAAUCUCCAUACUGAGAGGUUCAAACUCUUGUUACUUCGUAGUGAAGUUCCUGGAAAUGCAGAAGGUGAGAGAGCUUUAAUGAAAAGUAGAAGUUCUGAUCACCAACAUGGAAGCAAAUCCAGAAAAGAAAGGCAAAACGCAGACAAGAUUACUGAGGAUGAUAGUUGUGAUGGGAGCUGUAUGGACACAGAGCCUAUAAUUUCAUGGUUGGCUCGAUCUUCUGAUCGGCAUAAAGCUUCUUCAUUUCAAGGCAUUAAGAAGCAGAAAACUUCUGUUACACUUCGAAGUACAUCAUCAUUGUUAUAUAAUGAAGUUGUUACAGUAAAGGGACAUUUAGCUAAGAGUUCUUUGAGGGGUGUUAAAAAUAAUUUGUCUAGUGAUUCUGGAUUGCAAGAUAAAUUAGGUGAUAAUUUUAGGGAGAAGUCCUCAUUUCAACGCACUGCUCGCACUGAAGAUAGAAAACAGCCUCUUGUCUAUUUCAGAAAGCGGUUUCGGAGACCAGCUCCAAUAUUCUCUCGUAUCUCUGAAGAGAAACGUGCUAUUACAAGUGCAUCUGGUUCUGUUUUGGUUGACCAGAUUGCUGGUGGGAUUCAGAAAGUAGAAAAACAAAGUUACAGCAGAGUUGAGGGGCCAUUGUGGUUCACUUACAAGGCGGGAGUAUCAAACAUUUUUUGGGACAUGGAGUUAGCAUCAUUCAAAUGUGACUUAAAUUUUCCAACACGUUUGGUGUUGAAUGACUAUUUUCAAUCAGAAAAUUUGUGGUUGCUCUAUACUGUUUUGCUGCUUCGGUGUGGUACAGUUAUGAACAAGUGGCCGAGAGUUUGUUUGGAGAUGCUUUUUGUUGAUAACGUGGUUGGGUUGAAGUUUCUAUUAUUUGAAGACUGCUUGAACGCGGCUGUAGCCUUUGUCUUUUUUGUCCUUAGGCUGUUUCAUCAAUCUUCUUGCCGAGGGAAGUAUGUUGACGAGCAUUUUCCAUGUACAUCUAUUGGAUUCAAGUUUUCUUGUGUUAAUGUUAUUAAGAAGCCACUAGUGUUUGCGUUCUAUAAUUUCCCCAGAGUGAAGCAUUCGAAAUGGGUGUACUUAGAUUCCAAGCUUAAGAGGCAUUGCCUGCUCAGGAAGCAGCUCCAUCUUUCUGAAUGCACUUAUGAUAACAUCCAGGCACUUCAAAAUGGAUCAAGUGAGUUAACUUCUAUCAGCGAGUCCUCAGUGAAGGUCAUGCAGAAGAAGAGCAGGCCAUGGAUUAACAUCAUGGGUGUUUCCAAAGUGUCCACUCAAGUUGAUGCUCAUCAGUAUUCUGAUGCUGGUGCGAGGAAGCUUCCUCCAUUUGCUCUUUCUUUUGCUGCAGUACCUGUGUUUUUUCUUGGUCUGCAUCUCAAGUUGCUGAUGAAGCAGUCUACAACUCGUAUAAACUUCUGUGGUCAUGCACCCAUAGAUGAUCAGGAAGACUCUGGUUUGAUGACAGAUGGCUGUACUAGCACUGAUGUUUACUCUAACAGGAAUUCAGGAAUUAUUCUGAGGAAAGAUAUGGCAACUUUGUCAAAUGAUGCAGCUGGUGAUGGAUGGUGUUGUGCUGACUCAGAUCAAGUAAUGGAUCCUGCUACUUGCAGUGAUCAAAUUAUUUCUCAAAAUUACCAGAGUACAGGUGUUAAUGGUGCUGGCACUUACAUUUCCAAUGAUUCUGAGAGGCUUAAUACAACCCACAUACCUGAAUGGCAAUCCAACCAUUUGGUACAAGAGCUAACUUCAAGUUCUUUAAUAUGCCAGGAUAAGGCUGAAGGUGGUUCUCAUUCUUUUGUUGGUGAUCAUCUCAGUAUUGAAACUCCUUCAGUUGAUCAAAUCGAGAGACAAGGUGAUGGUGAUUUAUGUGGUGCUCCACACCCUCCUGAUUUUGCUUGUAAUAUAAAUGGAGGUGUUAUUCCAAGCUCCAAUCCAACUGCUCGCAGAAGUUAUUCAUAUCGGAACCGGAAUAGUUCCUUAUCAUUGGGAUUUCAGUCACAUGGGUGGUCUGAUGGCAAGGUUGACACUCUUCACAAUGAUUUUAGCAAUGGACCUAAAAAGCCACGUACACAAGUAUCAUACUCAGUGCCUUCUGCAGGGUACGAAUUCAGUUCAAGGCACAGAAACCAUCAUCAGAAAGGGCUUCCUCACAAACGAAUAAGAAAGGCUAGUGAGAAGAAGUCAUCUGAUGUUGCUAGGGGCCCUGAAAAGAAUUUUGAAUGCUUAUCUUGUGAUGUGAAUCUCUUGAUAACACUUGGUGAUAAAGGUUGGAGAGAAUCUGGGGCCCUUGUUGUAAUGGAGCUUUUUGACCAUAAUGAGUGGAGACUCUGUGUAAAACUUUCAGGAGUUACAAGGUAUUCAUACAAAGCACAUCAGUUUCUGCAGCCUGGAUCAACAAAUCGUUUCACACAUGCAAUGAUGUGGAAAGUAGAGAAGGAUUGGAUAUUGGAAUUUCCUGAUCGGAGUCAGUGGGCUCUUUUCAAGGAGAUGCAUGAGGAAUGCUACAACCGGAACAUCCGCGCUGCUUCAGUUAAAAACAUACCUAUUCCUGGUGUUCAUAUGAUAGAAGAAAAUGAUGAUAAUGGAUCUGAGGUAACAUUUGUUUGGAGCUGUAAGUACUUCCAACAGGUUGAAACUGAUGUUGAGAUGGCUCUGAAUCCAUCCCGUGUUCUGUAUGACAUGGAUAGUGAGGAUGAGCAGUGGAUUUCAAACAUUCAAAAUUCUGAAAAAUACAACAGUGACUUGAAGGGGAUCUCAGAGAUGAUGCUUGAGAAGACGAUGGACAUGUUUGAAAAAGCUGCAUAUGCUCAGCAGCGUGAUCACUUUACAACUAAUGAGAUAGAGGAACUCAUGUUUAAUGUUGGGCCUUUGUGUGUAGUCAAAAUGAUUUAUGACCAUUGGCAGCAGAAAAGGCUGAAGAAGGGAAUGGCUUUAGUACGGCACUUUCAGCCACCUCUAUGGGAAAGAUAUCAACAACAAAUGCGGGAGUGGGAAUUUGGCUUGACCAGGAACAGCGUCAUUUCUUCUAAUGGAUGCCCAGAUAAGGCUGCAAAUUUGGAGAAGCCGCCUAUGUUUGCUUUCUGUCUGAAACCAAGGGGUUUGGAAUCACUGAACAAGGUGCUGAAACAUCGGUCACAAAAGAAAAUUUCAGUCUCUGGUCAUAUAAACAGUAUUCCAGAUCAGGAUGGCUUCCACACAUUCGGAAGAAGACUGAAUGGCAUACCAUUAGGUGAUGAGAAGUUCAUUUACCAAGGCCAUAGUUAUGAUUCCUUUGAUGAUUCCCCAUUGGGUCAGACCUCACCGAGGGUAUUCUCACCGCGGGAUGCUGAUAGCUUAAGAAAUUAUUCCACAAGUAGUGGAGGGAUGUAUAGAAAUCACAUCCCGAAAUUCUGUAGGAAUCAGUCCAAGAAGUCAUUUAUGUACCAGAAUGAUUCUUAUAUGAUGGAUUCUGGCCAGAAAUUGCUAGAAUCUGAAAGAAGAAAUGGGAUUGAUAGAAGUCACAGGCGGCCUCUACAAGAUGCUCUUCACAGGCAAGGGACUGAACAACUGGAUGGUUCGGACCUUGAUGAGUUCAGAUUGCGGGACGUCGUAGGUGAGGCUCAGCAUGCACGAAAGGUGGCUAAGUUAAAGAGGGGGAGAGCUCAGAGAUUGUUCCGUAAAGCAGAACUAGCAAUUCACAAGGCUGCAAUUGCCCUUAUGACUGCUGAAGCAAUGAAAGCUGCUGAAGACUCAGUCCGCGAUCAGCAGCAAGAUAAGCAUCCAAUAAUGCCUUGAUGAGUUGUGGCCUUUUUUUUCUUUCCCUAUCUGGAUAUUCCGUAUUGAUCUUUAAUCAUGAAUGCUGGGUUCAGCGAGGGGAGAAGAUUCUGUUGCUGCAAAAUGCAACACCUUCUCACUAUCAGAAUCUUUUCCAGCUUGGGAUGUGCUCAGUUCACAGUAACUGUAGCACUGAUCUGCCUAUAUUUUUGGCUGCCUAUAUUUGUACAGAUCCCCUUCCCCCUUCUCUUUCAAACAUUCAAUAUACAAAUAGAAAUCGGCCAAAUAAUACAACACCAGUUUGAAUUAGAAAUAGUCCUGUUUCUUU